CAGUGCAGAGAGAUAAUUUAAUUGCAAUAUUGCCUAUUGAAACUGAGUAAUUAAUAAUAAAAUAUAUAAUCAAUAAAAUAAAAUUUUAAUUAAAUUAAUUAUAUCAAAAGUUGAUAAAAUUCGUGAAAAUCGAUUUUUAAAUUAAUUUUGUAUUUUCUUAUCAAACCAACAGCUGUCGUUACAAUUUCCUUAGAAGCAUGACGUUUUAAAUACAAACAAAACAUAACCUCGGACAUUGUCCUUCGACCUUGUUAAGCCCCUAAUUUUGUUACGUUGUGAGUUUUUAAUAACAAAUCAAAAAAAUUUUAAGUGGAAAUUAUCUACUUCAAAUCACAUAAUGAUGUCACCGGUUUAUUUUAUAGAAAUGAAUUUAUUUUCUUAGGUUCUAAGUUUAGUUAUUGAAAAUCGAUUUUAUAAGGAAAAUGUAUACACACGGUCGGUGGAAAAUUAUUUAAAAAACAAAGCAAAGGAAUUAAUUCAGAAUAAUAAGUGAAUAAUUUAUAUUAAUUUAAUUUAAAAUAAGUAUACUAAUUGGCAUCUAUGGCUGACAAUUCUAUUCCUAGAAAAGAUAUUCGUGAAAGUUGGUUUGGAAAAUGGUUUAGCUGGAAUAAAUCAUCCGCCGCUAUGUUACGUCAAGCGGAAAAAAAGAUUUUAUCAUUUUGUAGAUCUGCCUACAGAGGUUGUUAUGUCGAUAUUGGACCGGUGGUUGGGCCUAACGAUAAAAUAUGGACAAUUGCGUUAAAUGAACAAUCAGAUAAUACACCGUUGGUAUUGUUACAUGGAUUAGGAGCCGGUGUUGCGUUAUGGUGUAUGAAUUUAGAUGCGUUUGCAUCAACGAGGCCGGUUUAUGCUAUCGAUUUAUUGGGUUUUGGCCGAAGCUCUCGACCAAAUUUCAGUACGGACGGUAUGGAAGCCGAACAACAAUUUGUUCAGUCCGUUGAAGAAUGGCGGCGUGAAAUGAAAUUAGAUAAAAUUAUAUUAUUAGGGCAUAGUAUGGGUGGAUUUUUAGCUGCGUCAUAUGCUAUUAAUCAUCCAGAUCAUACAAAACAUUUAAUAUUAGCAGAUCCAUGGGGAUUCCCAGAACGUCCUCUAGAUGUUGAACGUAAAUCAUCAGUACCAUUGUGGGUACGUGCAAUUGCAUUUGCUGUUCAACCAUUGAAUCCACUAUGGGCGGUACGUUUUGUUGGACCAUUUGGUCAAUGGAUUAUUGAAAAAACGCGACCGGAUUUAAUAAAAAAAUUCUCGCCGAUUUUACAAGAAGAGGACAAUCUAAUUACACAAUAUAUUUAUCAAUGUAAUUCACAAUCUCCCACGGGUGAAAGUGCAUUUCAUGCAAUGAUGUCUGGUUUUGGUUGGGCGAAACAUCCGAUGGUAAAACGUAUCGAUAAAUUACGUGAAGAUAUUCCAAUUACGUUAAUAUAUGGAGCACGAUCAUGGGUUGAUAAUUCAGCUGGUGAAAUUAUUAAAAGUAAACGAAUUAAUUCAUACGUAAAUAUACAGGUAAUAACUGGAGCCGGACAUCAUGUAUAUGCAGACCGACCAGAAGUAUUCAACAAACAUGUAAUUGAUGCAUGUAAUCUAUUCGAAGAACGUAAAUUAAGCACAAAUGCUGUCGAUUGGAUGCGAACAAGUACACCGGAUUUAAAAAAUAGUAGUAGUAUUGAUGAUACCGACUCUGAGGUGGAAUCAGACAAACCAAUUAAAACUACACUACCAACAGAGAACAAAACAUCAAAUCAAACAAUAUCAUCAGAAAAAGUGCCAACUAGUAGUUAAAAGUGGGAAUCCAAAAAGAGAUCAAUCAAUCCCCUUUCCUUAUGUUGCACCACCGAUCCGCACCUUCCCUGAUUCUAAGACACUGUUGUACAAAUUCCUUUAAUUUUAUUAAAAAUAGUAAAAUUAUUUUUUUAUUUAA